UUAUAAGAAUAUGAUAAUUUAAAUGAAAAAACCAAUUCUCAUUGUAAAGUGACAAUACAAAUAUAUUUUUAUUGAUUCAUAGCAUGAAAUAAAUGAGUGACUAUUCUCAGUUUGAUCAUGAGAAUAUAUACUCUACUCUUAUUUCAUGAUUGCCGGAACAAAAUAAGUGUUUGAAUGAGUGAUUUAUUUAAUAUAUAAAUAAGCUUUAUUAUUUUAUCCUAUUCAAUUCUAUUCUUAGUAAGAGAGUUUAUGAUUAAAAUUUAAAGCAAAAUGGGGUUUCAACUGUGCCCUUCAAUCUCUAUAACUUGAAACAUUAGAGAUCCAAAAUCUGCUUUGAGUGGUAAUCUUGAAUACACUAUCUAUUCUUAACUGUAGAAUAUCAGAAUAGAAGAAUUUGAUAGUUUUUUUUUUUUCAAAAAAAGUGUUAUAGAUAGAUAUAGGAUUUAUGGGGUAAUUACUUAGAAGUAUAUUUUGUGCAUAAGCAGUGGUGCAUGUGAUUUAAUUCGAUGCAAAGCGAAAAACCUUACUAGGGCUUGACAUGCUGAGUAGUAUUUACUUUUCUAAUUAGAGAUCAGCGUUUAAGAAACUUGGCAAAAUAGUCCCGCAACUUCGGAAAAAAAGUGUUAGUCACUGUAAAAACAAAGCUAAACAAACAAAAUGGUAUUUUUCUUUUAAUGAAACUAUGAUAAGGUAUAGAUGAAAACUAAUCAUUCACAAAUUUUACAAACAAAAAUUUCUUAUUCUUUUUCUAUUUCUUGCAAUAUAGAAUGACAUGACUUUUACAUGAGUCAAUUUUUUUUAUAAAAAAAAUUAUUACGUUUAUAUAAAAUUUUCAUUACAUUAUGUUUCAUUUUAUUCCCAAGAAUAAACAUUUUAUGAAUACAUAACCUAAUUUAGCUACCUAUGUUAUUUCAAUGCAUAAAAAUAAAAUCUUUAAGUAUAAAUAUAUUGUUUGAAAGGUAAGUAUAUCACUAUUAUUUUGAAUUAAUAAUAGUGCAAGACGUAGAUAUUCUCAUUAUAUUUCACCCUAUUCCCAAAAAUAGACAUCACAUGAACCAAACAUAGCCUAACUUUGUUAAUACUACACAUACUUCCAAAAUAUAUAAUUUGGGCUCACUAUAAACAUCAACCCUAUUUUGAAUUCGAGAUUUCCGCCGGAGGUUCAGGUUGCCAUGUUUAUCCCCUGAAACUUGCCGCUCAAGAAACCUUUGUUUCUAUGUAUAUACACCCAUAAACAGCAAACAGAGUACCAAGAAAAACCAAAAGGAUACACCAACAUCUCCCUUCCCUGUUUUCUCCUCUCAGGUAUUUUGCGAUUGUGUUCUGUGACCAUCUCCAUUCACAGCAAUGGCGUACAGAGAAGAAUACUAUGGUCAUGGUAGAUCCUUCGAGCAGUAUUACUGCUGCUACCCCUUCUCCUGCAUUGGGAAAUUGCACCUGGAAAACGGGGAUAAAGUCAUAAUGCCUGCUUCGGCUCUGGAGCUUCUGGUCUCCAUGGGGAUUGAUUAUCCGAUGCAAUUUGAAAUCCAGAGCCCCUCUUCGGGCCGGGUCUCCCACUGUGGAGUUCUGGAGUUCAGUGCGGAGGAAGGCAGUGUCUUCGUUCCGAACUGGAUGAUGAAGAAUUUGCAAGUGGGGAAAGGAGAGAUAACGCUGAUCAAGAACAGGAUUCUUCCCAAGGGUACUUUCAUGAAGUUGCAGCCUCACAAGAAGGACUUCAUAGAUCUCAACAACCCAAAAGCUGUGCUGGAAACAACACUGAGGAACUUCUCGUGUCUGACUGCGGGCGAUACCGUUGUGAUUUUGUACAACGGUAAGGAGUUUGCCAUUGAUGUGGUGGAAACCAAGCCGUCCUCUGCCAUAAGCAUCAUCGAGACAGACUGCGAGGUUGAAUUUGCGCCUCCAUUGGACUACAAGGAACCUGUAAAACCAGCAAAAGUUAGUGAAAAGUUGGCACUCAGUGAGGCUCAAGAGAAACCAGGAGCGGCCGAAGAACCCAAGUUCAGGCCGUUCACGGGUGUGGCAAGACGCGUGGAUGAGAAGCCUCUGAAAGAAUCAGCCUUACCUGCUGCCUUGCCUCCUCCCAUGGAGAAGAACCCAGUGCCUGCUGGUGCUGAGAGGAUUAGGGGAGCACACACAAAAUCGGGAAAGCUCAUGUUUGGCUCCAAUGCGGUCCGGCAAGAAGAAACAUUGAAGAAUGAAGAACAGAAGUUCAUACCAUUCACAGGGAAGAAGUACACCUUGAUAGAUUGACCCCUAUCGGCUUUUUUGCUUUCUUUAAAAACUUUUGGCCUCUGCACUGGAAUGCCAUAUUCAAGUGUAGUAGAAUUAGGAGAUGUUUUAGCAGUGUGAAAGAUGGUUUAGUUUUUGCUCUCUGUUUUCCUCAUCUGUGGUGAUUAUUAUGUCAGUAUGUCACUCUUCCCAGUACCUUGAAAAGUCGUCAAUGGUGUUUCUACCAUGUUUGAGAUUUC